CCUUGCUCGCAUGAGAGAAACCUAAACUUCCGUUGGCACAAAAGAAGACUAGACAUUCAAGAUGGCGGCGUCCCGUAUAUUUCUGUUUUAUGUGGCCGUUGCUGUUUGUAUUUCUGUGACCACGUUGACUGGCAUCGUCAGUUUUACCUAUGUAAGGAAGAACGUGGAAGUAAAUACACAGUACAAACCUCCUAUGAGACAACUACUGAAGAAACAGCCACUUCCAAACUCUUAUAGGUUGAAUGACCAGGUCAAAGAUAGCCGGUGCGACUGCUCUAAAAAGGCCAUAGUCUUCGCCAACGCUAUUCCGAAGGAGGAAAAAGAGGAUGUGCUGCAGAGCAAGAAACAGGAACUACUGAAAUACAGACAGAGGUAAGUCU